AAACAAUGUCGCGGUUAAGUUUACGGCAAGAUAAUUUUUUUUAAAAAUGCAGUGGGUUUGUGAUGAAUGCAGUCACCCACCGUCUUCAUUGAAAUUCAAAUCAGAAGCAGCAAUUUCAGAUGACGGCGCUCUCACACGGCUCAGGGUAUAAAAAGGGUCUGCAGAAAGUGCGGGCACGGGGAAGCAGCAGAGAGUAGGAGGCAGUUCUGCGGGAAGAUUGAGACUCCCUUCGCAUAGCCCAAAGCCCAUAGCCCAGCCCAGGGCCAGGUAAAACAGCACCAAGGAGCAACCUACAAUGGCCACAGGCGAGUGGAAGGACUACCUGAACAAGAAGCAGAUACCCCAGCUGUUUGAGAGCCUGCUCACAGGGCUAAUGCACCACAAACCAGAAGACCCUGUUGACUACUUGGAAAGUUGCCUGAAGAAAGUGAAGGAGCUGGGAGGACCCGACAGAGUGCGGUGGGACACCUUUGUGGCCCAGGAGAAGAGGAUAUUGCCUCCGCUGAAUGGUUGCCAGAGCAGGAGAUCCUUCUUUAGGAAUGUUCUGCCGGACAGUCCCAGUUUUCCUUAUCGACGCUAUGACUGCCUCCCUCCCAUCCAUCAGUUCUCCAUCGAGAGUGAUACCGAUCUGUCUGAAACUGCAGAGCUCAUCGAGGAAUACACAGUGUUCGACCCAGUCAAGCCACACCCUUGGAUCGUGCUGCUUAUAGGUGGUCCAGGCAGUGGGAAGGGAACGCAGAGUCUGAAGGUCGCCAAGCAUUAUGGAUUUGAAUACAUUUCAGUGGGAGAGCUUCUCAGAAGGAAAAUGAUCCACAACACAACUUGUAACAGGAAGUGGAGUUUAAUGGCCAAAAUAAUCACCAAUGGGGAAUUGGCACCACAGGAAACAACCAUCACUGAGAUCAAACGUCGUUUGAUGCAGCUGCCAGACGCACGAGGAUUUGUCAUUGAUGGAUUCCCCAGGGAUGUUGCCCAAGUGUUGUCCUUUGAAGACCAGAUCUGCACCCCAGAUUUGGUUGUGUUCCUUGCCUGCGCAAAUCACCAGUUGAAAGAGCGGCUGGAAAAGCGGGCAGCACAGCAAGGUCGCCCUGACGACAAUCCUAAAGCCAUCCAGAGACGAUUGACAACCUUCAAACAAAACACCAUCCCAUUGGUCAAGUAUUUACAGGAAAGGGGGCUGAUUGUUACGCUGGAUGCAGAUCGAGAUGAGGAAGAGGUGUUUUAUGACAUAUCUGUGGCUGUCGACAACAAAUUGUUUCCUACCAAAGAACCUGUGGCUGGCCCCAGUGAACUUGACCUCAGUUUGCUUGUGGAUGUCACAGAUGCUGUUGGUGUUCAGUCAGACUCUGAUGAUCAGAUGGAUAAGUGGUCCACAAUGUCUGCAGAUUGCAAAGUGGAAGAAAACUUGAAGCAAACCAAGAUUAUAUUUGUUAUCGGUGGUCCAGGCUCUGGCAAGAGAACUCAAUGCAAGAGGAUAGCAGCACAGUAUGGUUUCACCCAUCUACCUUCAGAAGACAUUUCAUGUAACAUGGUGGCAGUGGGGCUAGAAAAGAGAAGAGACAUGGAGCCUGGGGAGCUGGCACUAAAGGAGUUGGUGAAAGACAUUGUGAUUAACAACACAGAUAUGAAAGGGAUUCUAAUAGAUGGCUAUCCUCAGGAAGUGAAACAGGCAGAAGAAUUUGAGAAGAAGAUUGCUCAGCCCAGUCUGGUUCUUUUCCUGAGCUGUUCCACAGACACACUGAAACAACGGCUUCAGAAAUCAGCUCAAAUGAGUGAGCAUGGUGAUGUCGAUGAGAAUGUCAUCAGGCAGAUUGAGGCUUAUGUCUCAGCAGCUCAGCCAAUCAUUGAAAAGUACCAGAGGGAAAACCUCCUCCAUAAGGUAAAUGCAGAAGAAACACCUGACAAAGUAUUCCAGCAGAUCUGUGAAACUCUCCAUUCUAUUCAAGAUAGCAGCACAAGUGACGUGACUUUGGAUGGACUCCUGUAUAAGGAACCGAGUAGCACAGGGUAUUGAGUCUUAGGGUGGAAUUUUCUCCUCCAUGAAGGUGGCUAGAAGAAAAAAAAUUGGGCAAGUUGAUCCUUGAGAUGUUUUCCCCCUUUUUGCUGCCUCACCAGUAGGUCCUGGAUGCGAAGAUCCAUUAACAACUUUGAGCCAACACUACUUAAGCCCCUUAAGUGAUUGAUUAUUGGCCAGUUAAAAGGGCCCCAACUCUCAGCCUCCCAAUUAAGUGACCUCACCAGACAAAAUAAUUGGCUUGCUUCUUAACUUGGUAACCAUGGCAACCUGUCAGUGUGGAGAUGUUGGAGCCUCUCAUGGCCCCAACCUGUGGAUAAUCAGAGCCACACCUGGGGGGGCAAAAGGGGUGGCCUUUGAAAACCUCCAAUCUGCUCACUCCCUGCAACAUGCACCCGAUGAGAAAGUAAAGGCCCACCAUUGCUCUGUUGGAUUGAUUGAGGAACAGGCCUCAGUCAAUUGUCUUUUAGGAGCUAGAAGUUGCCAACCUCCAAUUUGGGGAAAUCCAGGACACUGCUGUCAGGGCUUGUGACAGGCCAAGAUACUCACCAAAGCUCAUCGGCCAGCUGAUUGGCAGGUCACUGGUUGAGUUUUCUUGGCAGUGGGAGUGCCCAGUUUGUCGCCAUUUAAGACUUGGGCACUACUCAUCUCUACACUUGCUCACAGAAAGGAAAAAUAACACACUAGAAUCAAGGAACAUUACACUGUAAUACAAGGUGAUUCAGCUCAUUGGGUCUAUGGUGGCUCUCUGGAAAAAAUGCCAUCUAGUUACGGGAACAACUCUCAAUUAUCUUUAAUGUACAGAAAUGUCAUCUCUGAGACGUAGAGACAGAUGAAAGGGAAUGCUAAGACUAAAUUGGGAAGGAUAAUUUAAAUUCUGAUUGAGAAGCACUCAACAUUAGUUACAUAAAAUUAAAACUUGGA